AUGCAGCAAAUGAAAAAUGAUAUACCCGAUCGUUCAGCUGGUCUUCAAAUUGAAUUAUGGGAACGUGGUCAAUUUUGGGAUAAACUUCUUGGAUUAUGUCAUUUACGUUUGGAUCAUUAUGAUGAACAAUUAAAUGCAGGUUUAUCUAAUGUUUAUGAACGAUGGAUAACACUUGAUGCUGAAUUAAUAUUAAAUCGUCAAGGACAAGUAGCACGAACAUGUCAUCCAACAGGACAUUCGAUAUUAAUAUGUACUCAUGUUGAAUUACCAUCUGAUUUAACGGAAGAAGAAUCAAAAGAAAUAACUGAAAAAAUCGAAAUUUUAAAUGAUAUUCUUGAUAAAGAAGGUCGUCAGUUGCAAGAUAUUACAUUUGACGAACUAAAUUCAAUUUCAGCUAUCCAGGAUGAUCAACGUGUAAGUUUCUCGUAAUCAAUUUUUUAUCAUCUAGAAAGAAAAAAAAAACGACAAUAAGUUGAAAUACAGGAAAGAGAAAAAAUGGUCAGUAAAUUGACACGAUAAUAUUUAUCUUUAUUUUAAGAAGAUCGACAGUUGUAUUGCAUGUAAAAAUAAAAAAAACAAUGGCAUUUCUUUUUCUUCGUUUUUUUUGUUUUGUUUGAUUUCCAAAAAAGAAAAUGCUAAACUGAUAGAUUUAAUAUUUAAUGUCUAGAAACGAGAUGAAUAUCUGUCUUUUGCAUUUUCUUAAUUGAAUACAUUAGAACUAAAGAAUAGAAUGAUGAAAAAAAAAAAAAAAAGGAAUUUUUUUUUUGCAAGCAUUUCUAAGAUUAAAUGAAAAAUGUAAGCUACUUUUUUUUUCUCAUCAAUUUUUAGUAUUUAUAAAUUUUAAAUUGAGAUUUUUGUUCAUUAUAUAAAUGAAAUUUGGAUUUUUGAACAGAAAAAAAAAUUUAUCUUAAAACAUUAUUUUAUUUAUUUCAAGGUUUUCAAGUGAUGAGUUAAAAUCAUCUUUUUUUUUUUAAUAAAGAAUUAAAUUUUGAUCAGAAAUAAAU